AUGUUUAUAAUCGUUAUCUUGUUGAAAGAUAAAAUUAUCACCCAUGUUGAAUUUUUAACAGAUAAAUAUAAAUUUCUGUUUAAAAAUUUAUUGUACAAUAAAACUAUUAUAUUUAUUACUUCUAUAUUUCUAACAUCUUUAUAUGAGAAGCUACCUUAUAACAUUAAAUUUCUUCCUCCAUGUUUAUUGGUGUAA